AUGUCUGACACACCUGCUGAAACAAAUAUUCUGGAACACAAGACCGAUGCGUUCCGUGAGAACAUGAAAGCAUUGGUAGCUGGUGGUGUGGGUGGUGUGUGCGCCGUGCUGACUGGGCACCCCUUCGACCUGAUCAAAGUCCGGUGCCAGAGCAACCAGGCCAAGUCCACCAUGGACGCGGUGUCCAUCAUUCUCAAGGAAGCCCGGAGCUUGUCCACUGUGAAUGGCUCGCUGACUACAUCUCUGUUCUUCAAGAACUCGGUGAAGGGCUUCUACAAAGGUGUUAUCCCACCUCUGAUCGGUGUCACGCCGAUAUUCGCCGUCUCCUUCUGGGGUUACGACAUCGGGAAGAGACUGGUCACUUGGAAACAGGCCUCCGAUGCCCCAUUGACCACGGCACAGAUGGCCACCGCGGGGUUCAUCAGUGCAAUCCCAACGACUCUGGUCACUGCACCCACAGAGAGAAUAAAAGUCGUCCUGCAGACAAACUCCGAGUUUAAGGGCUCUUUCAUCAAAGCUGCAAAGCAUAUAGUCAGCACCGGUGGUGUCAAAUCGCUGUUCAAUGGUUCCCUGGCGACUUUGGCCAGGGACGGUCCCGGCUCCGCUCUGUACUUUGCAUCCUAUGAGCUCUCAAAGGCCUUCUUGAACAAGAGCGUCGCCAAGAAGGAUAAGGACGAAGUGAACUUGGCCAACGUCUGCCUCGCAGGUGGUAUCGCUGGUAUGUCCAUGUGGCUAGUGGUGUUCCCAAUUGACACAAUUAAGACAAGGCUGCAAGUGGCAACCACUCCUAUAUCAAUGGUACAGGCGACAAAGGAUAUCUACAUACAGAGAGGUGGAAUAAAGGGUUUCUUCCCAGGUCUCGGACCAGCACUACUAAGAUCGUUCCCUGCCAACGCAGCUACUUUCUUGGGUGUCGAGCUGACUCAUGCAUUCUUCAAGAAGUACAACUUCUGA